AUGGAUGCUUCACCGCUUCAUGCUUAUCUGGAGGAGCAGGGAUUUUCCCUCCUCGAAGAUCAGAUGGGCAAGCUCAGCCUGAUCAAGUACGACGAGGCCAUGGCACCGGUGACAGUAUCGAGCAUCCCCGAGCUCGCCUUUGACGGCGGCUCUGGCGAGAAAGCGAAGCGCAACCGGGUCAAGACGGUCGGGGCGUUGACGCAAAACACGUCCUUCCAAGCCUUCAAGGAAGUCAACAAGGAGAACAUUGCGGCGGCGGCCAAGGGCUUUGCCGAGAAGGAGGAGGAGGUGGGCGGGCGACAGGGCAGCAGCUCGGGGUCUGGCUCUGGCUCGACGUACGGCAAUGAGGAGGCGGCGGCCGGUCUCUACGCCGAGCACGAGUUGCUGGCGGCUGUAUUUGAGCACGGGCUCGUGCUUGACGAGACCAUGGCCGUGGACAAGAAGCGACUCGUGCAGAAGCUGUAUUCACGGGCGUACGAGAUGCUCAUCGGCGGGCAGUUUCCCGUCGUCACCGGUGUGGACGGGUUCUCACGCACGAUCCGGAACAAUCCGAUGGCGGCGGCGGCGCAGCUGUUCUCGCGCUCGGCUGGCUUUCAGUUUGACGUUCUCGUGGUCGACCGGCACGACCGGCUCAAGCAGCACGUCCUCUGCGCCGUCGACCAGGACGGCCAGGACCAGACAUUUGUGCUCUCGGGCCCGGAGACGGCCCAUCUCACGGCCCAGGCCAGAGCGGUUGCCGGUCCGCUGAGCGUGGCACCAAAGACAAAGAAUGGCAGCGGCAGUGGCAUUCGCAAGACGCCCACAUACACACAGCAGAUGGCUUACCAGACCAGCCUUGACGCCGGCCAAUUCCACGUCUUUAGCAGCCAGCCGUCGAUGCAGAGCAGCAGCCGCAAUGACGAAGCAGCUGCCGCUCCCACAGACAGCAUCAUCACUAUGGAGUCGGAUGGCAUGGCCUGGCUGCACGAAAUGGACAUGGCCCAGGCCAGACAGGCCGCCUUGCAGCCGCAGUCGCACAGCGAGGCCGGUGAGUCUUCAGGCAACGUGUCGGAGGCCACGACAGUCCUUGCGGCCGCUGGCGAAGUCGAUGCCUGGAUGCACGGCCACCAGGCUGAAGCAGACGCAGACGCAGAGGUGAGAGACUACCUCGAGCACGACAGCAGCGUCGGUCUCAGCGCCCCGGACGGCCUACACUUUGUCGACCUGCUGCAGGAGCAGGGCAGCGCCAGCUCGCUUGGCAAGCAUGGCCGUGAUGGUGAGCAGCAGAUCGAGCAGGUGGAAAACACGGCUGGGGACGAGUCGCCCUCAAAGCGCUGCCGUCUGUACGACGACCUCCACUAUCUGAUGGGCGCCAUGCAGCAGGACGAAGUCAGCCUGCGCGAACAGCUGGCACGCGGCCAGCGGCCCGCCGUCUUUGCCGACAUCUACCGCAGCCAGGCAGCAGCUGCGAUGGAGGGCAGUGGCCAGACAGCACAGCGUGGCCUGGCCGGCUACGACUUUGACGUCGAGGGCGAGGACGUGCUGGCGGAUAUUUUCGGCGACAGCAGCGUGACGGCCGACACGGACAUGCAGUUCAUGCAGUGGCCGAGCAACUAG